UCUCAUUCUGCUAAGAGGCACGCGACACACUUGGAUGCACAUCAUAAACUCUCCAUAUCACAUUGCAAGCUAGUGCCUGAGCCCCGAGUCAAAAUGAGAUUAGCCCUGCAGACCGUCAUCUGCUGCUGUGUUUUCACCAUGGUCCUGCCACUGGUUAAAGGUGCCACAGGGGACUUCAACUCCAGCCUGAAAAAGAGGUUGAGAGUGUGGCUGCAGAGCCGGAUGAAGAGAGACGUGCGCAGUGGCUUGGUGACGGACGGUGAGCAGGACCCUGAGAGCCACGUUGGACCACAGCAGAAUGAGUGCGCAGACCCCCCAUCAAGCUUUGAUUUAAACAACAGAUCCAAGAGGUCGAGUGUAACUUCAGCCAAAUCGUCUGGCUGCGCUCUGGUCACAUGUGCGGUCCAUGAUCUGUACCAGUUACUGUACCAGUUUCAAAACAACGACAAAACCAACGCUCCCCCGGAAAAGAUCAUCACCUACGGACGCCGCCGCCGCCGCUCUCUCCUGGAUGUGGCCCAGAGACGUGGAUGGAGCACCACAGCCAGUCAGGGACGUCAGGGACACAAAACCCCACAAGUUGUAGCCUAAGACAGGAAUGGAGAGGCAGCGGGGCAUUUUUUUUUUUUUUUUUAAUUGCAGCGAAUGGAGAUACGUCCCCUCAGAGGUCUGUUCCACAGCUUUACUUUCAGGCAUGCAGAGAGAAUGGCUGCUGCAUCUGUGGGGCCCAUCAGAGGAAACUUGGUUAUGGUCGCCCUGGAUGACAGCAAGAUCCCAAUAAUACGUACUGGGAAAUGUGUGUGUGUGUGUGUGUGUGUGUGUGUGUGCACAUUUGGGCGCUGAUUUCAGAUUCAACAGAUGUGUGAUUAAUGGAUGAAUUCACCUCAGGCGUGCGGGACUUGAUGAGAAUCUCUGUCUCUUCUUCAGCUUCCGAGGUGAACUCCACCUGCUUUGGCAGCUCGGAAAGAAGGCGAUCCCUGAAGAACUUUUCCCAAAAUUCCUAUGAACUAAAAGAAGAGUCGAGGUCUAGAGCCGGAGGAGCUGCGAUGAUGCUUAUUGUUUUUGAGUAUUUGAAGUUACUGGACGCUUAACUGUCCUCUCACACACGCGAACGGAGCGGGGUGGACAGUGUGUGACAUGCAAUUUAAACAACUUGUAUUACAUAUAUUUUAACUACCUAAAACAAUCAAAAUAUCAGUUUGUAUAUAAGGAACUGUAUGAGGUUACCGAAUAUUUAAACAGACAGUACAUUCAACUAUAUUUUUAUACAGCCAAAAUAUAGAGCCAAUAUGUCUUGUUUUGAUUUUAAGCUUAAAUGAAGUAUUUAAUGUCUCUUAACUGUGUAAAUAACGAGUUACUCUGCCUCUGUAUUCUUUAUGAAGAUUAAAGAUGAAAUUUAUUCACUGAAGCUAUUAUCAAAGCUAAAUGUUACCACUGUAUUAUCGAUCACAUUUAUUGUCUUGAUUGUAUCCAUUGGGAAUGAACAGAUUCCUCUGCUGACGCUGUGCAGGAAACUCCUCAGAGUGUUGUUUGUUGGGCCAGUGCAAGUCACACAUGGCGACUGAGAAAUCAGAUGCAGCAAAGGGGUCAGGGUUUUUUUUUUUUUUUUUUUUUUUUUUUUGGCAGUUGGUGCGGGAGUUUUGGUCGGUUGCCAUGCGAGCAGAGGGACUGCGUUGUCUCAUCAUGAAGCGCAAAGGACUGCAGAGCGAAUAAAAAGUGUUGUGCUGCCAUCUAGCUUCUCAGCGGCCCACAUUACAUGGAACAAAUACAGGUCAAGUGGCCUCGGUUCAAUACAAUGAUACUGUACAGUUAAAAAGGUCAACAAAGCACUUAUCGUAUUGGAGUUUGGUCAGUUCAUUGAGUUGUUUCAUCUUUAAAAA